AUGAAUAAUCAUAUCACUAUCAGUUUCAAUCAAGUUGAGGAGUUAUACUCAACAUAUAAAUCCUUUUAUACUUUGAAGAAAUUACCAACUCAAUUGUUUACAUUCAAUAAAUCAGUAUCAUUAGAUGAGAAUUUAAAUCAAUUAUCAUUAUUAGCAUUAGACCAUUCUUUACCAACAUAUUAUUGCUAUAAACCUAUAUUUUUAGAAUUGAUUGCCCGUUGGGUUAAUAAAACUGUUGAAUUUGAAAACAAAUAUACUAAAUCAAAGUUAGAAACAAGAAAAGUCCCCGGUUCAGUAGUAUUACUUGCAUUAUCACGAUUAUUACAAAUCUCCACUGAAUAUUUGAACUUGUUUGAAUUAUUUUUGUCACAAAAUGCAUUUUGGGAUAAUAUUGACAUUGAAAGAUAUGAAUUAGAGAGCAUUUUACUUGCAUUUUAUAGACUAUUAAAAUUUGAUACCAAUAGAUUCAAAGCAUUCAUCAAACCAAAAGCAUUAUAUCAAAUCAUCAACAAAUCAGGAAAUGAAUUUCAAGUUUCUAAAUUUUUAGCGAUUCAAAUCUUAUCCAUAUAUUUACAAGCAUCAGAAAUCUCCAAAAAUAAAAUGAUUGACACUCAUCUUCCAAAAGAUAAGGAUUUGAAAUCUAAUUAUGAAGGUGAAAUAGUGGAUUAUUAUUUUAUUGCAUUGUUAGAGGCGAAAAGAACCUCAAACUUUUUAACCUUACCUGAAGUAGAAUAUAAUUCUAACCCAUCAAAAACUAACAGCAUACAAAUACCGCCAGAAUCAUUGUCUUCCACUGUGACUUCUGUCUGUGGUGUCUUGGUGCCACAUUUGAAUAUCUCAAAAUCACAAUCUGUGUCCCUGCAACAAGAAGAAACCAAAUUUGUCCCGACAAAUAGUGCUGUUGAAGUAUUAAGGAAAUUGGCAUCUAGUGUUCAGUUCAAUAAACCGGUAAUGCUUUAUGGGAAAGCUGGAUCUGGUAAAACUUUCUUAAUUAAUCAAUUGGCCAAUUACAUGUCAUAUUCCGACUCAAUUGUCAAGAUUCAUCUUGGAGAACAAACCGAUGCCAAAUUAUUGCUUGGUACAUAUGCAUCAGGCGAGAAACCAGGUACUUUUGAGUGGAGAACCGGUGUGUUGACAUCUGCUGUUCAAGAAGGUAAAUGGGUAUUAAUUGAAGACAUAGAUAAGGCACCCACUGAAGUGUUAUCAGUUUUGUUAACUUUAUUAGAAAAACGUGAAUUGAGUAUUCCUUCAAGAGGUGAAGUGAUCAAAGCCAAAAAUGGAUUUCAAUUAUUUUCUACCAUUAGAACUUCCAAUGAUUCAAGAAAAGAUUCCAUUCCUGAUUUAAUUGGUAUUCGAUUAUGGGAGUUGAUUAAAGUUGAAGUCCCCAAUGAAGUUGAUUUGAAGAAUAUAUUGGUGACCAAGUUCCCUUUAUUGAUCAAUUUAAUCGGUCCAUUUAUCAAAUGUUACAAUGAAAUUAUUAGAAUAUACUCACUUUCAUCAUUUGUUACCUUAAACAAGGGUUCACAUCCAAGAGUUAUUUCGUUCAGAGAUUUGAUGAAAUUUUGCAGUAGAUGUAACAAUAUGUUGAUGGUGGAAGGAAUACUGAAACCUGAUCAGUUACUUGAAUCGUCUAUUUUUGAUAACAUAUUUGCUGAAGCUGUAGAUUGCUUUGGAAGUGCAAUCACAGAACCACAAGCAUUAACACCAUUGAUAAAUGUUAUCGGUGAAGCAUUAGAAAUCCCAACAUCUAGAAUCAAUUUAUUCUUAUCGAAACAUGUUCCAUUAUUUAUUAACGAUGAAGAAAAACUUAAAAUUGGAAGAGCCGUUCUUAAGAAAACUGCACAAGACAAGGCUUUAUACAAUAAGCGUCUGAGCAAUAACAACACUUCGUUUGCCAGAACCAAUCAUUCACUUCGUUUGAUGGAACAAAUUGCUGUUGCCAUUGAAAUGGUGGAACCAGUGUUGUUAGUCGGUGAAACUGGUACUGGUAAAACAACUGUUGUUCAACAAGUGGCCAAGUUGAUGAACAAAAAAUUAACUGUUAUCAAUGUUUCUCAACAAACAGAAACUGGUGAUUUGCUUGGUGGGUACAAGCCUGUCAAUACAAAAACAGUUGCCGUUCCAAUCCAAGAAAUGUUUGAAAAUCUUUUUAUUGGUACAUUUUCAGAAAAGAAAAAUGCCAAAUUUUCUAAAAUAUUGAGUAAAUGUUUCAAUAAAUCCCAAUGGAAAAAUGUUGUCAAGUUAUGGAGAGAAGCAUUAAAGAUGGCCAAAGAUAUAUUAUCGGAACCAGAAUCUGAACAAGAAGAAGAUGGUGGACCAAGAAAGAAAAGAAAAUUGAAAUCAUUUGAAAAAUCAGUUUUACUUGAAAAAUGGAUUGAAUUUGAGAAAAAAAUCAAAGAAUUUGAAAUUCAAUCAUCAACAUUGGAUAAUUCAUUUGUGUUUAAUUUUGUUGAAGGGUCUUUGGUGAAAGCAGUGAGAAAUGGAGAAUGGCUAUUACUAGAUGAGUUGAAUUUGGCAACUUCUGAUACAUUAGAGAGUAUCGCUGAUUUAUUGGCCGACACAGUAAAUCAAAGAUCGAUUUUAUUAUCUGAAAGAGGUGAUGUUGAAUCAAUUAAAGCACAUCCGGAAUUCAGAAUAUUUGGUUGUAUGAAUCCUUCUACUGAUGUGGGUAAAAAAGAUUUGCCAUUGAGUAUUAGGUCCAGAUUUACCGAAAUUUACGUUCAUUCACCUGAUAGAGAUAUCCAAGAUCUUUUAGCCAUUAUAGACAAGUAUAUUGGCAGGUUUGCCGUUGGUGAUGAAUGGGUCGGUAAUGAUAUUGCUGAAUUGUACUUGAAGGCAAAACAGCUAUCUGAAACCAAUAAAAUUGUCGAUGGUGCCAAUCAAAGACCACAUUUCAGUAUCCGUACGUUGACAAGAACAUUAAUUUAUGUUUGUGAUAUUGUUUCAAUAUAUGGAUUAAGAAGAGCACUUUAUGAAGGGUUUUCCAUGUCAUUCCUAACUUUAUUAGACAGGAAAUCUGAAGAUAUAUUAAAACCAGAAAUCCUCAAGCAUACUGUUGAUCGUCUCAAGAAUUCAAAAUCGGUAAUGAAUCAAAUUCCUCCAGUUCCAUCAUCAAAUCCCGAUGACUAUGUCCAGUUUAAACAUUAUUGGAUGAAACAUGGUCCACAAGAGAUUGUUCCCCAACCACACUAUAUUAUAACUCCAUUUGUGGAGAAAAAUAUGCUUAACCUAGUCAGAGCAACUGCAGGAAGAAGAUUCCCGGUGUUGAUUCAAGGUCCAACUUCAGCUGGUAAAACUUCCAUGAUUAAUUAUUUGGCAAAUAUCACAGGACACAAGUUUGUCCGUAUCAAUAAUCAUGAACAUACUGAUUUGCAAGAAUAUUUGGGUACUUACAUUUCUGAUUCCACCGGGAAGUUGGUGUUCAAAGAAGGUGUUUUAGUAGAAGCAUUAAGAAAAGGUCAUUGGAUUGUUUUGGAUGAAUUGAAUCUUGCACCAACUGAUGUACUUGAAGCAUUGAAUCGUUUGUUAGAUGAUAAUAGAGAAUUAUUCAUUCCAGAAACUCAAGAAGUGAUACAUCCGCAUCCAGAUUUCAUGUUAUUUGCCACCCAAAAUCCACCUGGAUUAUAUGGUGGUAGAAAAGUAUUAUCAAGAGCUUUUAGAAAUAGAUUUUUGGAAUUACAUUUUGAUGAUAUACCACAAGAUGAAUUAGAAAUCAUUCUAAGAGAGAGAUGUCAAAUAGCUCCUUCUUACGGGAAGAAGAUUGUCGAAGUUUAUCGUCAAUUAUCCGUACAAAGACAAUCUACCAGAUUGUUUGAGCAAAAGAACUCAUUUGCCACAUUGAGAGAUUUAUUUAGAUGGGCUAUGAGAGAUGCUGUAGGGUAUGAGGAAUUGGCUGCCAACGGUUACAUGCUUUUAGCUGAAAGAGUCAGAAAGGAAGAUGAAAAAGAAGUUGUCAAGAAAACCAUUGAAAAAGUUAUGAAAGUGAAAUUAGACAUGGAUGAAUAUUACAAGAGCUUGGAAGUUGAAGCAAUAUUCAAAAGUGAUUCUUCUAUAGUAUGGACUAAGGCAAUGCGCAGAUUAGCAGUAUUGGUUUCUACAUCAAUCAAAUAUAAAGAGCCAUUAUUGCUAGUUGGUGAAACUGGGUGUGGUAAAACUACUGUUUGUCAAGUUGUUGCCAAAUUUUUAGGUAAAGAAUUAAUUACUGUUAAUGCUCAUCAAAAUACCGAAACUGGGGAUUUGUUAGGUGCACAAAGACCAGUUAGAAACAAAUAUGAAACUCAAAGUAGUUUAUUUAAUCAUUUGAUUGAAUUAUUUGCUAAAUUGGGUAUUGAAACCACUGAUUCGAGUCUAACAUUAGAUAAUUUACUUGGCCAAUACAGAAAAAUCACAAUUCCAGAAGAACACCAAGAACUUGUUGAACAAAUUGAAGCUGAGACAAAAAAUGUGUCAUUGUUGUUUGAAUGGAGCGAUGGUCCAUUAGUGAGAGCUAUGAAACUGGGAGAUUUCUUUUUGUUGGAUGAAAUUUCAUUGGCUGAUGAUUCUGUUUUAGAAAGAUUGAAUUCAGUGUUGGAACCAGAAAGAAGUUUAUUGUUAGCAGAAAAGGGGACUGACGAUGCAUUUAUCACUGCUUCAGAGAGUUUUGAAUUUUUGGCUACAAUGAACCCUGGUGGUGACUAUGGUAAAAAGGAACUUUCGCCGGCUUUAAGGAAUAGAUUUACAGAAAUCUGGGUGCCUUCUAUGGAAGACUUUGAUGACGUUUCUCAAAUUGUUGAAUCCAGACUCAAGCACAAGCAACUCACCACAUCAAUUGUGAAGUUUUCAGAAUGGUUUGCCAAGCAGUUUGGAGGCGGUCAUACAAAUAAUGGGGUCAUCUCAUUGCGUGAUAUAUUAGCAUGGAUUGAAUUUAUAAACUCUUGUCCUGACAAUUUAAAUCCAAUGGCCGCAUUGUAUCAUGGUGCAUCUAUGGUUUUUAUUGAUGCUUUGGGUACUAAUAAUACUGCCUACUUGGCCGAAAAUGAAUCAAGAUUGCAAAAUAUCAAGCAAGAAUGUGUAUUCAAGCUUUCAUCAUUUGCAGAUUAUGAUUUAACUGAAUUUUUGGCAAACCAGAUCCAAGUUAAUGUCGGUUUGCAUGAUCUUGUUGCUGGCUUGUUUUCUAUACCUAUACUUGAAGGUUCACAACACAACAAAUCUUUCAAUUUGGAAGCUCCAACUACUGCUGCAAAUGCCAUGAGGGUGAUUAGAGCAAUGCAAGUUAAGAAACCAAUAUUAUUAGAAGGUAGUCCUGGUGUUGGUAAAACAAGUUUAAUUACAGCAUUAGCUAGUGCUACGGGGAAUCCCUUGGUUCGUAUCAAUUUAUCGGAACAAACAGAUUUAGUUGAUCUUUUCGGUUCUGAUGCACCAGCUGAAGGUGGGAAAGCUGGAGAAUUUGUCUGGCGUGAUGCACCCUUUUUAAGGGCCAUGCAAAGAGGGGAAUGGGUUUUAUUAGAUGAAAUGAAUUUGGCAUCACAAUCUGUUUUGGAAGGGUUGAAUGCUUGUUUGGAUCAUCGUGGUGAAGCAUACAUUCCCGAAUUAGAUAAAUCUUUCAAGCGUCAUCCUAAUUUUACUGUAUUUGCUGCACAGAAUCCACAAUAUCAAGGAGGCGGUAGAAAAGGUUUGCCAAAAUCAUUUGUCAAUCGUUUCACUGUUGUCUAUGUUGAUACACUUAAAGCUGAGGAUCUUAAUAUGAUUUCUUAUCAUCUUUUCCCUUCUGUUAAUAAAAAUGAUUGCUCUAGAUUGAUAGAAUUCAUGUCACAAUUGGAAGAGCAAGUUGUCAUCAAAAAAUUAUGGGGGGCUCAAGGCGGACCUUGGGAAUUUAACUUACGUGAUUCCUUGCGUUGGUUGAGUCUUUAUACUUCUGGUAAUAUCAGUCAAGAUAUCCAAUUAUCUGACUUUAUUGAUAUGAUUAUUUGUCAAAGAUUCCGGAAUGAGGAUGAUCGUCUUCAUGCACAAAAGUUGUUUAAAUCUAUAUUUGGGGAGAUCAUUGAACGUGAUAACUAUUUUAAUUCUUCCGAAUCAUUUGUGCAAGCUGGUGGAGCAUUGAUUGGUAAAAAUGAUUUAAUUCAAUAUGUCAAUGGUGGUAAUUUGUUGCCAUUGCAAUGUAAUUUUAAAUUUAUGGAAACAGCUUUUAGAUGCAUUAGCAAUAACAUACCAUUGAUUCUUACUGGUCCAACAAAUGCAGGUAAAACUGAUUUAGUGAGGUACUUGGCAAAUUUGGUAGGCGCUAAACUUGAUGAAUUCUCCAUGAAUAGUGAUGUUGAUUCAAUGGAUAUAUUGGGAGGAUACGAACAAGUUGAUCUUUCUCGAGAAACUAAUGCUUUGUUUGAAAAAACGCACAAGCUCAUCAAUGAAUUGAUUGUAAUGAAUCUUAGAUAUCAAGAGAGUAAUGCUGAUAUAUUGGCUAAAGCAUUAGAAUUACUUGAAUUUAUUGAAAAACAUAAUUCUAAUGGUUCUUCUUUUGAACAAUUUUAUGCAAUCCUUUCAGGUUUUUCUAAUUAUCAUUCCAUUCCAGAAAUCAAAGAUUUGGUUAAUACAGCCGAAAAUUUGGCCCACAAAUUAAAUGAAACGGCUAGCGUAAGAUUUGAAUGGUUUGAUGGUUUACUAGUUCAAGCUGUUGAAAAAGGUAACUGGUUGGUUCUUGACAAUGCCAAUUUAUGUAGUCCAUCAGUUUUGGACAGGUUGAAUUCAUUAUUGGAAAGUAAUGGAAGUUUGAUUAUUAAUGAAUGCAGUUUGGAAGAUGGUCAGCCAAGAAUUCUUAAACCUCAUGCUAACUUUAGAUUGUUUUUAACAAUGGAUCCAAAAUAUGGUGAACUUUCACGAGCAAUGAGGAAUAGAGGAAUAGAAUUGUUUAUGGAUUCCUUGGAACAAAGGGCUACUGAGUUUGAUCGUCAAAUCCUUGGCCUUUGCUAUCUUGGCUCAAGCACAACUGAUGAAUCAUUGCAAAUUAAAAUUGAGGAAUUAGAUAUUAGUGAUAAAAAAGUGGUUCCUACUUCAGGUUUCAAUUUCAACAAAGAAUCUACACUAAAGCAAUUCAGUUUAAUUGAUGAUGCAUUUUCUCUGGGAAAUGUUAGUCCUAGUGCUUUAUGGAGUUUCAUUCAGUUGAACAAUUUCCCAUUGCUCAAGGAUUGGGCAAAUGUUGUUUUCUCAAGCUCAGAAUUUGCACAAUCUAGCAAACGUUAUGCUGAACAGUUGCGUGACACAUUAGAAUAUGUCGAGCAAACUUCUUUGGUUGAUAUAUCAUUGUCAGUUUAUUCUCCAGUUGAUGUGGUUGCAAAUAAUAUUGUCCAGAAAAAUAUUGCAUUCACUGAAUCGCAAGGCUUCCAUUUUUUGACAAAUAUUUACAUUGUUGCUAGUAUUUUGAAAAGUCAUCCAGCAAUAACAACUUCUGAAUCCACCAUGAUAUUUGAAGUUUUGCGAGAAAUAGUAGAACUAAAAGAUAUUGUAUCCAAGAUUGAACUGAAUGCUAUGGAUAAGAAAGUUCAUGAGUUAUCAUUCAUUGAAAAAUCUGCUGCAUCAGCUUUGGGUAGACAAAUCAAAUCACCACCCAAAUUGGAAUUGUUUAGAUUUGUUAAACUGUUGCAAGGUUUUAUUAUAUCUUGCUUUUUGGAUAGUUUCAAGACCGAUUUGUUCACAGGGGUCAUUUACCAACCAUUACAUGAACUUUUAUUGGUUUUGAUUGGUAUGAUUAAAGCUGGCCACGAAAAGAAUGAGUCUAGGCUAAAAGUAUAUCAAGAAUUGAUUGUCAAAUGGUCAGAUAAGUAUUUAUCUACUCAAGACCGUGCAGAACUUUCUAAACAAUAUCAAACGGCUAUAUCAAUUUUCAAUUCACAGUUUGCAUUGAAUAAAGGGGCAGCAAUCAAUGAGAUUUGGGAAUACUGUAGAGGUUUAUACCCUCAAGAUUUCAACGCUUGGGAAGAUUUACAACGAUUAUAUAAAGUUAUUGCGGAUUUUGAUACAGUAUCGAAGUUGCAAUUUCCAGAAUCUUCUGAUAUAGUGACUAGCUUUGGCUAUCUGAUUGCAGAUUUGUAUAAAUCAAUUAUCCUGGGUGAAUAUGAAAGAGAUGAAUUACUGUCCAUACUUGAGAAACUUGAACAAGGUAUUGAACAAUUAUCUACUGUUUCUGAAUCGUUUGUUAAUCCAAGAGUUAAUAUUUUUGUUGAUGAUUUCACAAAUAUAGCCAAUUUAGUUGAAAUUUCUGGUAACGAUGAUCAAGAUUUGAUGAAAUUUUAUAAUUGUUCAAAUAGAUCCAUGUUUUCAUUGAUCAAGCAAGAUAAAUUUAAGCCAUAUCCAAAGAUAUUUGAUAGCUUAUGGAAGGACAGGAAAUCAAGAGUUUCUCCAUUGUUCACUAGUGAGUUGAUGUUAUCAAUGUUGACCAAAGCAGUUCAAUUUAACAAUACUUCUGGGAAAUCACUCGAACAAACAAGUUUUGAUUUGAAGUCUGUCUCGAAAUGUGUUAUUGAACAUUCAUUUGAAGUUUUGAAUGAUGUCAAGGGAGCCUUCAGCAAUUUGUUACUUUCUUGGUUUGAGAUAAUUUUGAAUGCACUUGGUUUAUAUGAAGAUGAGCUAUUAAAUAAUCCUGAGUUAGUUCUUGAUAAAGUUUCUUUGUCUUUUGGUUCAGACAGCCAUUCAUUUGUUGCUGUUAAAUUAUUAGUUGAUUCAGUAAAUUCUGUUGUUAAUGCUUCUGAAUUGAGCUUGGGCAAAUUAGGUGAAGCUUGGGUAUCAUUUGCUUUGGGAUUAAUUUUAUUGUAUGUUCCAGAUUCUCCUUAUGAUCCAGCAAUUAAAGAAUAUGUCCUUUAUAAAGUGUUUGAAGAUCGAAAAGUUUUCGGUGAAAACCUUAUUUCCAGUUGGGAAUCAGCUCGAGGAGUUUUCAGUGGUGAUAAAGAAACGUAUUUGGAAUCCACUUUGAAGCAUUUGAUUGAUUUAGAAGCACCAAAUAAUCCCAAGGUAUACCGUGAUUCGAAAUCUAUAGAUGGGUUAUUUGAUGAAUGGAAUUCCAUUAUGGAAUCAACAAUAGAUAUGGGACCAGUGGAAUCAUUAUUGAAAACUGUCUUGAGUUCUUCUGAACAAGGCAUAAAUAUGGUAGAAAUGUUUCAAAAUAAUACCUCACAAUUCAUUAUGAGAUUAAAGAAGAAUUAUUUGCUUUAUUCUGAUUUGAAUGAUAUUUUAUGUGGUUAUAUAUAUGGUAUGAAACUUGGAUUUGAAAUGAUAACUAUUGAUAAGAAUCAAGGAAAGCAUUUGUAUCCACAAACUUGGUCAAUUGAUGUAUGUGAUUUCACAAGUUUAACUUCCAUUGAAAAGAUUUUCCCCUCGGUUCAAGAUUUUACCAAAACUGUUAGUAUUGAUUCACUGGCAGCUGAAUUUGUUAUGGCUUAUUUCAUUAAGCUUGGAUUUGCUCAUAGAUCUGCUACAAAUGAGCAACAGCAACCACAAGCACAAGGCAUAUUGAUUCAGUCAUUGCAAUCAUUGUAUUAUAGAUGGUCACUUCGUCGUAUUAAAGAAGAAAAGGAAAACUUACAACAAGGAAGUUUAUACAAAUACAGUGAUCCGAAUGAAGAUAUUGAAGGAGAUUUCAAAAAGUUGUUUCCUGAUUAUGAAGAUGUAUUGGAUAUUGAUGGAACAACAACUGCCAAUACUUUGAAGAAAAAUAAUGCAAGCUUUGAAUCGAUUUAUGAAUCAAUUGCCUCUGAUUAUAUCAAGGAAUAUUUGUUACAAGAUAAAGACAAUGUGAUUGAUAUUGUUCAUCAAGGUAGUGAAUUGAUAACACAAUUGAAUCAAUAUCAAGAUAGUUUACACAAGAACACUAACAAUGCUUCAGUGAUGACUUCAUUAGUUAAUGAAUUAGCGAAGACUCAUACCAAAUUCAAUCAAACGGUUUCUGAUUUCAAUUUUUAUCAAGAUCUGAAUCCAACUGAAGUUAAACGUGCCGUUACAAUCAUGACAACAGUAUAUAACAUGUCGCAAAAAUUAUUGGAUCAAUGGCCUGAACAUGCAACAUUGAAAAAUAUUGUAUUUGCAACCAAUGAAUUUCUUUCAUAUCCGAUUGGAUUGCCAUUAGGAAGAUAUUUACAGAAGUUGGAACAAAUCUAUACUUUUAUUGCUGAAUGGCAAAAAUAUGCUUCUAGUCAAGUUUCAAUGAAGGAACAGUUUGAUAUUUUGACAAAUUUGAUUGUUUCAUGGAGGAAGUUAGAAUUAUCUACUUGGAAAUCAUUAUUUGAAUUUGAAGAAAAAUCAGUGGAGAAGAACAUUGGUAAAUGGUGGUUUUAUUUAUUGGAAAUUAUCAUCAUUCCAAUGCUUGGAGAUAAUGAAGAAGAACCAGCAGUCAAAUUAUUAUCAGCAUUGAAUGUAUUUAUGAGUAAAGUCACAUGUGGUGAAUUUACAAUUCGAUUGAAAUUAUUAAAGGCAUUUAAAAAUCAUGCGUUUGAAAUUAAUAAAAAUCAUCCAAUUGUUGAUGCCUUGUGUAAUUUUGUUACAUUUUAUGAUCAAUUUCAACCAACGGUUUUAUCAACUAUUGAAGAUUCUAAAAAGAGAUUGGAAAAAGAUAUUACUGAAGUUAUUUUAUUGGCUAGUUGGAAAGAUGUCAAUAUUGAUGCAUUGAAACAAAGUGCUCGUCGUUCACAUAAUAAUUUGUAUAAGAUUGUUAGAAAGUAUCGUGCUGUAUUGGGUACUCCUGUACAACCAAUUAUUGAACAAGGGAUCACCGAAUCAGCUGGUACAUUAGAUCUGGUUAAAUUACCACAAAUUCAAUCUAUUGUUACAGGUAAUGAAAUACAAAUUGUUAAAGAGAUUCCUAGUUGGAUUGAAAGACCAAAGAGACUUCAAAAUCUAAAUGUCAUUGAAAACAAUAUGAAAGUGUAUGUUGAGAGGAUUUCCCAAGAACAAUUGCCAAAUUUCUUAGACUUUGCUCAUGAAGUUGUAUCUGAUAUGGAAAGAUUAAGAAAAGAAACUCCAUCAGAAUUUAAAGAAUCAAAUAAAAAAUUGAUUGCAGCAUUGAAAACCCAGAAAAGAAAAUUAUUGAGUGACACAUUACGUGAAAUUAGACGAUCAGGAUUGAAAACAAGUUCCCGUUCUGAUAUCCUUGCUACACAAAAAUCAGUCAAUCUUAUAAUUGCCAAUUCCGUUAGUUUCCAAAAUACUAUUGCUCAAGGAUCUGACUGUUAUUUCUUUAAAAUAUUGGAUUUAUUACCAAGACUUAGAGCUGCAGUUAGUAGUUCUACUUCUGCUCAUGCUGAUGAAGUUCCUCAAGUUGAUAAAGAAAAGGGACUUUCUGCUACUGAAAAUUUGAUUCAUUCAUUAAUUGUUAAUCGAGUCCCAAUUAAGAAAUUAGCAGAUAAUAUUGCUACAUUUAAUUCUUGGUAUAAUGGAUUCCAUACUGUGGCUAAUCUUAAUAAUUUAUCAGCUACAUUGACACCUAUUAGUGUAAAAGAUUCCAUUAAAUUGAAUGUUGAUAAUAUUAGAAUUAUUAAGAUGUGGUUACCUAAAUUAUUGGAUUAUGGUAUAACGACUUUGGAAUCAAUUACAAAAUUUGGAUUUAAUGAUACAAAUGUUGCCAUGUUUUAUAUGUUAAAGAAUAAAUUAAAUGAGCUUGUGUAUUCCAUUAAUGAUGAAAGUAAUGUUGUUCAAUCCACUAGUAUUACAAUUGGAAAUGUUGAAAAUUUUUCUAAAUUCGUUAAUGAAUUGAUAAUAACAUUGGAAAAAUGGAAAUCAGAACAUAAACAACUUGCAUUUGUUGCAGAUACCAUAUUGAAUUGGAUAACUAAUAAUUCACAUGCUAAUGGUAAUAUUGAAUCUUCAACUUCUUUAACAUGUGUGGAAACUAUUGAAAAUGUUGAAAAAGAAUUUAGAAUUUUCACAACAUCAAUUUUAGUAGCUGUUCAAAAAAUCAUGGAAAUUCAAGAAAAGAAUCAAGAAAUUAGUCGAGAUGAUGAUGAUUGGUUAAUUUUAUCACAACAUAAAAUCACCAAUUACAUGAAAAAUCUUCAUUUAUUAACCAUUGGUAAUAAAUUACAAAAAUGUAUUGAAAAUAUAUCAUUAGUGGAACAUAAUCAACAAUCAUCAAAAUUGAUAUCAGCAUUAACUUCAUUCACCUUCCCCAUAUUGAAUCAUUAUUACCAAUUAUGUUUGAAAAUAUUUGGUAAAGUUAGAUUAAAUUAUUAUGAUCUUUCAAAAGCGACAUUUAUCUUAUCGUCAUCACUUUAUACAUUGGCAACGAAAGGGUUUUGUACUCCAGAGGCACCAAAUGAACAAAAAGAUGAUAAUAAUAAUUUACAUGAUGGUACUGGAUUAGGUGAUGGAGAAGGGGCACAAAAUAAUUCUAAUGAUGUUGAAGAUGAUGAAGAUUUAUCUGAACAAGCUCAACAACCAAAUGAAGAAAAUAAAGAAAAAGAUGAAGGAGAAGAAGAAGAAGGAAAUGAUGAUGCAGUUGAUAUUGAAGGUGAUAUGGCUGGACAAUUAGAAGAAGCAUCAGAUCAAGAAAAAGAUGAUGAUGAAGAAAAGGGGAACAGCGAUAAUGAAGAAGAAUUGGAUGAAGAAAUUGAUGAUAUUGAUGAUUUAGAUCCUAAUGCCAUUGAUGAAAAAAUGUGGGAUGAAGAAGUUAAAGAGGAUAAAAAGGAGAAAGAUUCAGAUAAAUUACCAGAAAAUUCCAAUAAUAAUAAUGAUGAUGAAAUGGAAGCAAUGGAAGAUGAAGAAAAUGAAACUAAACCUAAAGAUAAUAAUGACAAUAAGGAAGGUAAUGAAGAUGAAAAAGAGGAACAACAGGAAGAAGGCGAUGAUGGAGAUGAUGAGAAAGAUGUUGGUGAACAAGAAGAUGAUGUAAAGAAUAAUGAAGAUGAGAAUGAAAAAUUGGAAGAUCAUGUGCCUGAAACUGAGACAUUAGAUUUACCUGAAGAUAUGAAUUUAGAUAAUGAUGAUGAUGAUGAAAUGAAAGGAGAAGAUGAAGAAGAUGAAGAUGGUGAUAAAUUCGAUGAUAAUUUGGAUGAUGAUAUUGAAAUGAAAGAUGAUGAACAUGAUGAGGAAAAAUCCAAUGAUAACGGUGAAGAAGAUGAAGAAAUGGAUCCAACCAAUGAAGAAAGAGAAGAAGAACUUGAAGAAGAACCUGAGGAAAAUGAUGUUGACAACGAAUCUAAUGGUAAUAAUGAAAUCAAUGAAGAUGUCAUGGAAUCAGAAAAUGAAGAUGAUCUUGUUGGUGAAGAUAAUGAAAAACCUUCACCAGAAAAUGAAGAAGGAGGAAAUGACAAUGAUAAUGAUGAUCAAGAACCAACAGCAGAAGGUAUUGAAGGAGCCAAUAAUAUUGAUACUGAAGAUGUUGAUAUGGAUUCAGCUGUAAAACAAGAAUCUGGAGAAAAAGGAGAAGGUGCCGAUAAUCAAGUUAUGGAAGAAAAUAAUGAUAUUGGUGCCUCAGGAACUGCUGCUUCAAUGGAUCAACAAGAGAACCAACAAAAGUCUGAGGAAGAAGAAGAAGAUAAAUCUGUACAAGAUGAUGCUCGUGAAAAAGCUAAUGAAUCAUUAAAACAAUUAGGAGAUUCAUUAAAAGAAUUUCAUCGUCGUCGACAAGAAAUUUUGGAUGUUAUUAAACAAGAACAACAAGAGAAAGAUAAUGAAGAAGAAAAUUCAGCAAAUAUUAAACCGGAUGAAUUUCAACAUGUUGAUGGUGAGAAUGCUGAUUUUGAUACUCAAGCCUUAGGAGCAGCUGAUAAAGAGCAAGUACAAUCAAUUGAUGAAGAUAAAGCCAUUGAUGAUGAGGAGGAAGAGAAUGAAGGUCAAGAAGAUAUUGAAAUAAAGGAAGAAAAAGAUGAGGAGAAUGAAGAGGAAAUGGAUGAUUUAGAAUCGGGCGAAAUUAAAGAUGAUAAUCCUGAUGGUGAUUUUGAAGGUGAAGCAAAGAGUGCCUUUAUGGGAGAAAGAAAAAUCACUGAUAAUUUAGAAGAUAUGAUGAAAUCCAAUGAAAUUGAUGACGAGGAAGAAGAAGAAGAAGAAGAAGAAUUGGAUGAUGAAGAAAUGUCUGAGAAUGUAUCACCAAUAGAACUUGAUGAAAUUAAUAAUACCCCACCAAUUGAAUUAGAAGUUGCUCGUAAAUUAUGGAAAAAUAGUGAAUUGGCCACUCAAGAAUUAGCUUCAGGAUUAUGUGAACAAUUACGGUUAAUUUUAGAACCUACAUUAGCGACAAAAUUACGAGGUGAUUAUAAAACUGGGAAAAGAUUAAAUAUGAAACGAAUUAUUCCAUAUAUUGCUUCUGAUUUCAAAAAAGAUAAAAUUUGGUUAAGAAGAACCAAACCAUCGAAAAGACAAUAUCAAAUCAUGAUAGCAGUUGAUGAUUCUAAAUCAAUGAGUGAAAGUAAAUCCACUGAAUUGGCAUUUCAUAGUAUUGCACUUGUUUCUAAAGCAUUAAGUCAAUUAGAAAGUGGUGGAUUAUCAAUUGUUAGAUUUGGUGAAGAUGUUAAAGUUGUUCAAUCAUUUAAUAAACCAUUUAAUAAUUCUCAAGAAAUGGGAGCGAAAAUUUUCCAAUGGUUUGAUUUCCAACAAACUAAAACUGAUAUGAAAUUAUUAUGUAAUGAAUCAUUGAAAAUAUUCCAAGAUGCAAAAUCAACUAUUAAUGGUGGUAAUAAUGAUUUAUGGCAAUUACAAAUUAUUUUAUCUGAUGGAGUAUGUGAAGAUCAUGAAACUAUAUUAAGAAUGGUAAGAAAAGCUAGAGAAGAAAAAAUCAUGAUGGUAUUUGUUAUUAUUGAUGGAAUAACCACUUCUACUACUGGUAAAAAUGAAUCAAUUAUGGAUAUGCAACAAGUGAGUUAUGUAACUGAUAAUAACACUGGAGGAAUGAUUUUAAAAGUUGAUAAAUAUUUAGAUUCUUUCCCAUUUGAAUUUUAUGUAGUGGUUAAAAAUAUUCAAGAAUUACCAGAAAUGUUGGCUUUGAUAUUAAGACAAUAUUUUUCAGAAAUAUCAUCAAUUUAA